GAAUAAUUUCACCCUAGCAAUAAAAAUAUGGAAUCCCAAACCUACAAUCAAAUUACUUCGUUCUACAUCGAGUUGGAACUUGUACUGGAUAUCUACAGUCUGGUAUUUUGUUGCAUCAGAUUUCACCUUGAAACCAAGUUCAAGCAGGAGAUCAGCAAUAAAGAAAUAGCGUCUCUAUAUGGUAAAUCGAUAAAAGAAGGAGCGAAAGAGAUAUUAUCUAAUACCUUCACUCAGUUAGACCUUGGAGAGGAGGUCUCCCUAGAAUCUGAAGUAGAAGAAGUGUACACAAACUUCUUGGCUUAUUCCAAGUCACUGAAGCCAACAGUUCCAAGUAUUCACAUUCUAAAGGAACUUAAGAGAGUCUCUGAUGCCAAAAUUGUCAUGUUUUCCUACCUUGAAGAAGAGAUUUUAUCAAAAGUAGUUGACUCUAAAUUUGAUGAGCUUACUACAGAUGUGAAAAAUGUUGACGAGGUGUUCACUCAGACUGAAGAAUCACAAAUGAGUGAUAAGACAAUGGUCAUUUAUGGGUCUCAAAUUCACUCAACAAAGUUCCAGAAUUUGGAGACUGAGAGGAAAGUCAAUACAAUCCAUGUGUCGCAACCAAAGCAAGACAAUAUUGAUGAGAUAGAGUCAUUUAAAAACAUAGAGUGCAUCCCCUUCGAGAAUUAUGGAUUAACUAAGCUAGCUCCUUGAUAUGAGGGAUCUCUACUAAGAGUAGAACUUAAUAGAAAAAUUGACACACCAGAGCUUCCAUUCUGGAAAGGAGCCAUACCGAUUGAUUCGAUCCUUCUACAAGGAAUGGUUGUCAAUGGAUUUAAGAGAGGAAGUAAGGAGCUAGGAGUUCCAACAGCCAAUCUUGAUCUUUCAAGUGAAAAUAUGAGCAAGAUAAGCCAUCUCCUCCCUGGUGUUUACUCAGGAACAGUAGAAUUCAUUACUUAUGAAACGAACAAAGAUGAACUUUUGGAAAAAUUCGGUGAAAAUUUCGCCUCUGUUAAACUAAGGACUGCCAUCUCAAUUGGAUGGAAUCCUUCCUAUGAUAACAGUCAUAGGACGAUCGAAGCGUACAUCCUUGAAGAGUUUGAUAACGAUUUCUAUGGCGAAUCUUUGAAGAUAAACCUGACUCACUAUAUCAGGGCUGAAUCUAACUAUUCUUCUCUUGAUCAUCUGAUAAUGGCCAUCCACAAUGACAUUGAGACCACUAAGCAUAUUGUGUCGAUUGAAUAGAAGCAUUUUGAUAGUUUCGUCACAGAUUUAUCUUUCCAAAUUAAAUAUUUUCAACAC